AUGGAACACCGGAUGAAUGUGUUGUCGAAACUGAACGAAACGGUGCAGACGUGGGUCCGCGACGUGUCCUCCAAGAAGAUGCCGAAACAGAACGCGGAGCUCAUGUCCGGCAAGAUCUUCACGUUCGGGUCGUAUCGGUUGGGCGUUCACACGAAGGGCGCCGACAUCGACACCCUUCUGGUGGCGCCGCGACAUCUCGACCGCUCCGACUUCUUCGUCACUUUCCACGAGAUGUUGUCUCAGAUCCCGAACUGUGAAUACGUUCGCGCCGUCGAAGAGGCCUUCGUUCCCGUCAACUUGAGCUGUAAGACAAGCGGUCUGAGCGCGACUUCUUUCCUGGACGCGCUGCCCAGAGACGAGUUCUUAGACCUGCUCUUCUCGCACGCCUCGUUGAACGGGUCGCGCGUGACGGACGACAUUCUGCUUCUGGUGCCGAAUCACGAGUCCUUUCGUCUGGCGUUAAGAGCCGUCAAAUUGUGGGCAAAGAGACGCGGAAUCUAUUCCAACGCUUUGGGAUAUUUAGGGGGCGUGUCGUGGGCAAUGCUGGUCGCGCGCACGUGUCAACUGUAUCCGCGCGCAUCGGCGGCCACUUUGCUGCAGAAGUUCUUUCUGGUGUUCCGUCAAUGGCCGUGGCCUAAGCCGGUGCUCCUGCGCCACAACAGCGACGACAACCCGAGUCUGGGGUUCCCGGUGUGGGACCCGCGCACUAAUGUGGCCGACAGAUACCACUUGAUGCCAAUCAUCACGCCUUNCCCGGUGCUCCUGCGCCACAACAGCGACGACAACCCGAGUCUGGGGUUCCCGGUGUGGGACCCGCGCACUAAUGUGGCCGACAGAUACCACUUGAUGCCAAUCAUCACGCCUUCGUAUCCGCAACAGAACUCCACUUUCAACGUCUCGCAGUCGACGAAAGCCAUUAUGAUUAACGAAUUCAUUCGCGCCUCAGAAAUCAUCGACAACAUUAUGAGCGGUUCUUUCUCUCCAUUGCGCGCGCCUUCUCUUAACUCACUCUCGUUGUCCAUCUCAGGUCACGCCCCGUGGGAGUCGCUCUUCGAAUCCGUCAACUUCUUCGCCAAAUACCGCCAUUUCAUUGUUCUUCUCGCGUCAGACAACGCCGAAUGGAUCGGUUUAGUCGAGUCUAAGAUCCGAAUUCUCGUCCAAAACCUCGAACGCCAUCGAUGUAUACAAUUGGCUCACGUGAACCCCAAGUGUUUCACGCGUUCUGUUCCCGCGCCCGAAGACACGCCCGACACGAGUGAAGGCGGCGAAGAACCCAAAGAGGAACCAAAGGCCGAAACGAAGCCCGAGAUGAAGAUCGAGACGAUGUGGUUCAUCGGUCUUGAGUUCAAUAAAGCCGAAGGAAUUAACGUCGAUCUCACGCAAGACAUCAAGAGUUUUGCCGAAACUGCACUUCUGACACUGUGUUUGCUUUUAGUGACAAAUGCGGCGAAAUUCGGCAAAUUCUUCAAAUCGGAGAUGACUAUUGACACCAAACACGUGAAGAGGAAAGAAUUGGGGAAAUAUUUACCGACAGAAGUGUUCAAAACGACAAAAACCGCAAAAACUCCAAAAAGUCCUGAAGCCGUCACCAAAGCUCCCGCUUCGACCACUACUCCCGCCGACGACAGAUCCAAAGACAACACAAAUGGCGACAAAACUAUUGAAAAAAAAGAUAUCGAAAACGAAGAGUCGACUCCUGUUAAGAGGGUAUCAGAAGAAGAGGCCAAUAAUUGGUUCGCAAUAACGGGUGCUUUGUUUCAGAGCUGCGAGAAAAGAGGUCUCGAAGACGCGAACUCGAGUCCGAAAAAGCAUUUGAAGACCGAAGAAGAGAUUAAUAAUUGCCAGAAAUUAGAUGUAGAGGGAAAGGGAGAGGACGGGGAGUCGAGUCCCGCCAAACAUUUGAGGACAGAGACCGAGAAACAAAGGUAA